CUGUGGGAAAAGGAUGAAGCCGGUGAAAUGUUGGUGAAAUGUCGUUCAGGUAGCCCGCCCUACAGCUGGCACAAGGUACAAUUUUCUUCACGAUGUCCGCUGGAGUUAAUGGAUAGAUAGUGGAAAGAACAAGAAGACGCUUUUGAUUAGGUUCAAUUGGACUUGGGGAAAUAGUUGCCACUGUCUCUUCGUCUGUUGUUGACGGUGAUCCAAAAGCGCGCAAGAGAAUUCAAGGACAUCGAACACCUUAAAAGUAUUAGAUGACUUAUGUAGCCAUUUUCAGAGACUCUUUAGAUUAUUAUGAUCAAGUCUUUAAAUAUUUUGCUACGACGAAGCGCUUCGACGACGAUUUUGAGAGCAUGCAUAUGGAAGCUUAACACAUAUCCUGCGGGAGGAUUUUGGCGUGGAACGGUACCUCGGGCAUUUUUUUGCUGUACAUCAAAACUAUUCAAGGCUGAUGAGGAUCCAGUGGAGUAUCCGUUAGAGGUGCGUAAGAUCAGAAAUUUCUUCACAGGGGGGAGAGAAAUAGCAUUUAAAACUUCCCGACCAACAUUCAAAAAUAUUCCGCCAUAUUGGCGAGUCCGCGAAAUGUCAGUUGUUACAUUAUUUGAGCAGAAUCACAAUUGGCUAUUUUUCGUUCCAAAAAGUCUUAUUCCACGUUGUACUUUGCUGGGAUCAUGUCGAAUACCGGGUUAGAAGAGAAAGUAGAAAAAAUGAAUGUUGAACAAAAGGAGGCUAAAGGUAAGAAAGGCAGCGAAAAGACUAAAGGAGAGAAAAAGAAGAAAGAAGAUCUUAGCGCCUUUCCACUUGAAGUAAGUGAGUUGAUGAUCAUUUACGCUCGAUUACAUGUUUGUGUCACUCUCGGUAAUUUGAGUUUAAUAUUCCAAGUUCUUGGUGAAAAUGGCUUAUUCACCUUUUCCACUGUGCUCCCUGUUCUGUUAGGCAUGUCUCACGAAAAGGCUCAUCACUAAUUUUUCCAGGCCAAGGGCAAAACUAAGAGUAGUGCUUCCUUAUUCGUCGUCACGUGCGACGAGCUGGAAUUAGAGAAUAUUGAGCUUAAACUUAAGCUUAUCAUCGUUGAACAUCAUUGAACCUCUGAAAAAAUCGGAAAGAUCGCCAAACAGCCACAUGAUUUAUUAUAUAUGCAGCAAUUUCAUACUAAUAAUACAAAUAAUGAUUAUGAAUGGCGUAAAAUGUACAAAUCUAUAAUUUGCAUCAGGUCAAGGUCCUGAUGCAAUGUUUUGAUCUUUUACAGCAGAUAAUUGAUGUACACUGUAGUUCCAGAAUAGUAUUCGCACAAUGUCUGGAAGGGAUGGCUCUAACAGGGAGGGUACAAUUUGCGAAGAGGCUUAUAUAAUUUGGGGGGGGUAAAUUUUGAAAAUGCACAAAAUGUAGAGGAGGAGGGGGUUCGAAAGUAUUUUAAUGUACAAGACUGGCAUUCUAUGUAGAAGCAGGGUCUGAAAGGGGUUGUCUUCAUCUUGAAUCACGGGUUAAAUUUCCAUACAUUCACGAAUCACUUUACCUUUUGGAGUCGUUUCACGAAUCAUGUGAUUAGGUGAUGAACUGAUCAAGUCCAUCAAUGAUUCUUAGUGGUUGCUGGACUACUGGAGUGAAACCUCUAUUAAGUGGACCCCCAAUUAAGCCUACACCCUCUAUUAAGCAGACACCGGGCCCUGAAAUUAAAAAAAAAGAUGCGGACAAUAAAAUAAAUUGUAUUUGGCUGAAUUUCUAUUGUUAAAACCUCCAUUGAGCAGACACUCGACUGAAUUGACAAAUAGUAGCAUUGGAUUACGUCCUUAUAGCUGUCAGAAGUUUACCUAAAAGUCUUGCACAAAGUACAGCACAGCUUCCUUAGCAUCAUUAGCUUCCUUAACGACAUAAAACUUUGUCACAGCACAGAGUAAUCGUUGAAUGUUAAUCGUUAACAAACAUUGUGCAAUUUUUACAAACCUCUAUUAAACGGACUCCCUCUAAUAAGUGGACACUUGGAAGUGACACUUAAACGACCCUGUGAUAGGAAGGAAACAAAAAGUCUGGUAAUCAAACUUGCAUUUCUUUGCUUUUUGUUUGAUGAAGUUACAAAGUUGACUGGCAAUGAAUUAUAUUUCUAUAAAACCGAUGCUCAACAAUUUUUCACUCUUACUUGGUCAACCUCGAACCCCUGUCAUGACACUUACAUCAUGUUUUACCGGUAGAAAUAUUGAUUCGUGAACUACAAUGUUAACGGAUCACACAUCACAGUGAAUGUAUAAUUCACAAACAUUGACUGUAUUUCAUGAGCUUUCCCUAUUCACUCUGUUGUUAUCCAGACCCCAUAGAAGUUGUCAAACUAUAUCAUGAUUGAAGGAAAUCCAUGUUUCCUUCAAGAGUAGUAAAAAAAAUUUGCACCUGUAGUUUUCGGCUACAAAAAAGUUUUACCUGUAUGCAGUACUGUUCAAAAGUGAGUGGACAGUGGGUUGUUCUUCAUUCUUGAUUCCUGUGCAAAUCGAGAGUCGAGAACAAGCUAUUGAGAAUUGAGUCAAGGUUUGAGUCUCAAGAGACAGAAAACAAAAGAUUCACCCACAACUGAUUUCUCGAUAAUUUUUUAAAGACAUACAGCUGUAACACAACACAGCAUGGUUUAUUCAUGCACAAACUGUCUUUAUGUUUGAAACAAGACCAAUUCAAGUUUUAAAGUGAAUGUUUCUUCAAGGACAUCUGUAUCAAGCUUCAUUUCCUCAAGUACAGUUUCAAAUGUUUGCUCCAAAUGCAAACAAACAGUGUAUACUCGUUUACGAACAAGAAGAUGAACAACAGCAUGUUUUUUUUAACAUCAAACGAGUCUGGGCUUAUCUGGCUGCUUAGCAUGAGCAUGAUAAAGAUCAGCUGUAACAUACACGUCUGUCUGAAACAUGACUAAUCUUUGGCUCUGAAAUUGCAUUUGUGAACUUGGAAAACUUUCGAGAAACAAUGGUUUUAAUUCUACUAGGAAAUAUAGUGCAUUAUUUAAUCAUCAUCAUCUCUCAUAAAAUUGGGUUUGUUUUUUCUGUGAUGAAACAUGAUAUGCAUAGACUUCUUUGUUGCCUAGCAUGUGACUGCAACUACCGCUGUGAUGAAAAACUGCGCGAUGUUAAUUUCAAAAGCAAGACUGUAUAUUGUUUAAGAACUGUUGGAAGCUUCUGAAGUUUUCUGAAGCUUUAUAUGUAUAGUCAAUUGAAACUUUUAUGUAUGCAAUUAUGUCUCAAAAAAGCGAAGGCUGCCUGAGAUGCUAUCGUGUAUUGGGAAAAUAGCAAAUCAGGUGAAAUUACAAGUAAAGUUUCCAGUGCAAAAAACACCCUGACUGUAGUCACCAGUGGGAGACAUUCAACUGUCAUAAUGCUCAUGGACAUUCACAAACAGGCAAUAGAAAAAAGAAAUUGGCAAGUAGAAUUCGAAAGACAAGCUGAAGAACAAAGCAAUGAGAAGCAACCUUGAGACUUUGUUUAUACAAGCUUCCUUUUAUUUUGCUAUUUAAAUGAUGCAAAAUGCCAUUUGAACUUUUUUAAGGUUUCGACGCAAAGUAUCACCCAAGCUGUGCGAAUGAAUGCAAAUUUCUUGAAGAGUUGUCAACUGCAACUGUUUCUUGAAUUUGCAUAGUUCAGGAAUUUCUCGCAAUAAUCAGAUUCUAAGAAGUGUUUGAUAUUUUUAUAGAGUAGAAAGAUUUUUCUGAAGUGAGAGAAGAUCACUCAAAACUUGAACAAAGGUUGUAGAUUCUUGCUACAAUGGAGUGUCAAGAGUAGAGAGCAAAUUACUUGAAACUCAACAAAGGCUGUUCCGGGUUUGGUGAGUCUCGCAGGAAUCGAGAAUCGAGAUGCAACAAUAGAGAAUUGAUUCUCGACUCGAUUCUCAGUUCUCGAUUCUUGUGAGGAUCGAGAAUUGAGUGUCAACGAUAGAGAAUUGAGUGUCAACUUUCUUUUGAAUGGUACUGUACAUAAGUAGAAUUAUUGAGCCCACUCUGCUGGAUUGCACAAAACCCCCAGGGGGUUACUAAAAAUGGCCUGUGGAAAACACAGGAGAUGGCAUUUCCAAGACCCUAAAUUCAAGAAUUUUCUUGGGGUCUUGCCCCUAGACCCCCCAAGGUAUGGGGCACCUUUGGCACUCUUAUUUUUCUUCCUGUGCAUACACCUUCAAAAUCUCACACUAUGCCCCUGAUGUCCAGUAUCUUAUCGCUUAUGAAAUCAAUGCCCAAUAGAGGGAAGAAGUGAAAAACAAAUUAUCUGAAAACUUGGUCUAGAAGGGGGUUGGGGGGGGGGGGCAUUUUAAAUAUUGUUAUUGCCAAGGACGGUUCAAUUUUCAUAUGAAAUUAUUUUCGGGGGCUAAAGUUUUGAUGUGCCACACUUUUCUGAAAACCCUUGCCCCCACUGAGGAGUAAUAAACGAUUGUUCCCUAAGGCCCGCUUCAAACGUCGAACUUUACAUGUGCCAAACCUAAUUAUUAGGUUCAGCACAUGUAAAGUUUGAGGUAUGAAUCAAUUAGGAACGGCACUUUUGUAUUUGGGUCGACUCUGCUGUUCUAUUCGACUGAGCUUGUCAAACAGAAUGGCAAAAGAUCAACUUUGAUUCAUACAUCGAACUUCACAUGUGCUGAAUGUAAUGCAUAAAUUAAGUAUUAUAAAUUACGUAUUGUUCAAUAUAACCACGCUUGCGGACAGAACUCACAGAAGCGUAACAACAGUUACCAGCAUUCACGUUGUAGAUUUUUAUACUGAAACUGGAAGGCUUAAAACAGUCUUUUAAAAAGUUGCUUUUCUUUAUGUCCAUAAAGAAAUCGUUAUGUAUUUUACAAUUUAUGGUGUUACUUUAUUUUGUACAAAUAUCACGAUCACAAUCUCCUCAGCUAUCUCCUUGCCAUAACAGAACACAAAUCACACUAAAAUCAAAACAAGAAUUUCCAGGCUUGCCAGUAUAUUUCCCUAUUUUUAAGCAGGAAGGAUGAUAUUUCUUUUUACUACAAAUUAGGUUCGGCACAUGUAAAGUUCGACCGUCUGAAUCAACAGUCAAACUUUAUAGUUUGGGUCGACCUAAAUAGGUAAUGUAUAGAUUUAGCCAGGGCUAAAAGCGAGGCUCCCAUUAAUAUAUUUAUAAUUUAAAUCAAACAAUAAACUUGUAUUCCACAAUUAAGUUAACUUUAGACCACAUAGCACAUUCAUGUGACUUUUGAGGGAAAGGCUAAGUGAUUUUAGAGAAAAAUAAUUUGCAAACAGCCCAAGAGUGAACAAAAUCUAAUUACAUCAAGUUGAUAGCCUCAUAUGCACACCCAAAAAAUAGCAAUCAUCUUCGAUCACAUUUAGGAGCCAUAAUGGCUCUUCAUCACCGUAAGAUUAAUUAAGCCUGGAAAAAAAAUCAGGCCGAAUUUUUUUGCGUUUGACAGGUUUACUUUACAAAAUCUUGCCAACAAAUCUGGGUGCGUGCACGUGUAAACCAACCUUUUAUAUCAUUUAUACAUCACAUCUGAGGUGAAACAGAGGUACUGUUUUUAUCAUACAGACCUCGGACAGAAUGCAGUAUUUCACAAUUUUGCAACACAAAGUGCACUCAUUCAAUAUUCAGGACGAUCAAAGCACACGUGGGCUUUUUAAACCGUUAAAAAAUUUCCAAAAUCAUAUACGGCCAGCUGGUUCUCACUUUUGCAGUGCGAACUGUAGCGAGUGUUUGAACGAACAUACUAGAGUUAAGCUACAACAUAAUAAAGGAAUUAUUAUGUUUAUUCAGUUUUAUUAAAUGGUUUUAUUGAUGUGUAAUCUUUAAAAGCGCCAGUUUGAUACCUGCGGCACUGUGAGUACUCCUGCAAGCGAUGUUCACUGAACAACUGAAAACAAACGGCACGGCGAUUAAAAUUACAAGAGAGACUUCCAACAAUCAAUAAAAGAAAUAUAAUUCGGUGAAACAUAUACAGAGACAACAUUUUUCAUUGACGAAGACAAGUAUUAAAGUGUCUCUAAAAAUCCUGAGUCUUCAAGCUUAACCUGAAAGCUUAAGUUUAUGUUUUAAGCCGGCUUCCCGGUAUUUACUUUUUUCAAAGAUGAACUCGAGGCAAGAAAAUCGCUCAAAGCUUUCUUUUACAGCCAGAAUUAUAACUAAAUGUUCUUUGGAACGUUCUCUGUCUAUUUGCCGAGAGAAAAUGUCUAAAGGCUUUUUAAAGUUCUGUAAGCUUAUAUCAAACCUGAUUCUUGGUCAUAUCAAAUUGUCUCAAAUCUUACAAACGUGCAUAAACUACAUAGCCGCAUAAACUGCGCUCGACUUCAUGAAAUUAGAUAUAAAAAACAAACAUCAAACACAAUAAUUACUGAGGCUUACCAUUCGAGAUGCAGCUCCAGAAAGGUAUCAAGGAAGGCCAGUAUCGCUACAGACUUUUCAACCGUUACGCAUCAAGCAAGGUGAAAAGCGAAAUCGAUGCCAUCCGAAAUCGGAUUUCUGACAAGUUUUGACAAGUAAUGUAUUAAUUUCUCAACCAAAAACCAACUAGCCAUGAAUAACAGAAGACUCCUGAUAGCAGCUGAAUUUCAUUUUGUGCAUCCAGUGGAAAAAGACAGUUAAAAACAUCAGAAAUUGACACAAAACUCUGUCAGCUUCAGCUGUCAAAGUAAACAAGAUUCAAGAUGCUGCAUAAAUUUUCCACAGGAGCUCACCUGUCAAAUUUUGACCAAUCAGAGCGUAAAAAUUGGACGUAGAGCGUAUACCUGCCAACUCUGCCUACGGGUUGAAAACUUCGAUCUCACGCCCGCUCACGCCUGCGGACCAAUUUCUCAUGCCUGAUUGAAAAAUGUGAGUUGUUGCCGUCUUGCUUGACACAAUUUCCAAAAAUAUGUUAACUCAGACCCAUGUAAGGAACGAAAACCAUGUGUAAAAUGAAUAAAUGACAAUACCUUCCUCGCAAUCUCUGAUUUUGUGGAUAAGCGUUUUCUCGAUAACUUCGCCUUCGGCAGACUUCGGACGACUUCGGAAGACUUCGGAAUUCUUCGGGAAUCUUCGGAAAUGAUCGUGUCGUUUUCAAAAAUCCCAGCACUCCCAGGAUAAAAAUCUCACGCCUACGCGUGACCAUGAUGAGCAAAGUCAAAUGCAACUGCCUUCCCUGCCUGUAAUAGCUGGCUGAAUUUUCGCGUCCGACGUCAGUUUUAAAUCAAAAUUUUAAUUGUGCGGCACAAAAACAAAACAUAUUUCAUAUGAAUUAAAAAACAAUCAAACUUGAGCCUGCGAUCAUUUGAAAACUAGUAACUUGUCAGCGGAUAACUUCAAAAAAAUACUCGACCUCGAUGGGUCAACACCUGAGCCCGCGAUACGGUCAAGUGAUACUGGUCAGCGGAUAGCCUGUUUUGACAGCUGUCAAUUGAUCACAACAUUGAUGUCGAAUGGAUGUGUGCAUUAUCAGUUUUCCUGUGCUCUCUAUUUAGCUAGAAAGUAUGAGAUUAAACCUUGAUUGCGAGCUAGUAAAACAACUGGUCAGCAGACAGCUUCCAAAUAAAUCACGUCACCUUGAUGAGUUGACACAUGAGCCCCUGAUAUGGCAAUGUGAUACUGGUCAGUGGCUAUCCUGUUUUGACAGCUGUCAAUUGACCAUAUUGUGAAUGGCCAAUAUAAAAGAUAUGGGUUUGCCAAGACACACCUGAGACACCCCUCCCUUCCUUUUCAUAGUCUCCCCUACCCUACCCGUACAAUCUGUAGACGCGUACAUACGUACGUACGUACGCUCGGUCAGUCACGUGACAACCAAACGAAAAGAGGUUGACCAUAUUCUAUGAGUAUGGGGCUCUGUCCCACGCGCGCUUCGCGCGAGGGAGCCCCGCUAUUAGGUUCGGCACAUGUAAAGUUUGAAAUUUCAACCAGGCCUAAUUAAUAAGGCGUUUUCAAUACACCUCGUCAUUAAUUUACUGAAGUUGCACAUUACAUAAUUGUAAGUGUGAUGUGAAACAUUAUGAUCUUUAUGUGGUACCCUAGCCUGUUGACAUGAAAUACAAACACCACUUACAAACACAAAUGAGUUUGGGAUGAGAUGAUUUCUAUGCCCUCUCCAGCUAUAACUGAAAAAACUUUGUACCAUUAAAAUGCAAUUAACACUUCAUCUACCACUGAACUUCAUUUGAUUCAUAUACUUUUGCAGAUGUUCUAAUAUGCAUAAAAUUAUGUUGUAUCUUAGUUGAAUCCACAACCAGCCUUCAUAGAAGAGAGAAUAGUUUUAUUUGACAAACUAAAGGCACAGUAUGAUGCACAAAUUGAAGGUACUUGUAGUGUGUCAUAUUAUCUCUCUUUUAGUCUGGUAUGUAAGAGAUUUUUGUUUUAAUGUUUUUAUGCACAAUGAAUAAAUUGAUAGACCCUACACAGGGUGCAAAGAAAGUCAUUUUUACUUGCCCAAAUGUCAUUUCAACUAGCCCCCCAAAUUUUUUGAUGAGCACAGUUCACAGUUCUUCUGUAAGUUGAAUUCCUCAAAAAAAAGCCACUUGCCCAUCGGGCAAGUUAAGAACAGAAUUCACUAGCCCGAUAGCAAAAUCCACUAGCCCCGGGCUAUCGGACACCACUUUCUUUGCACACUACUACAUUGGAUAUUAUCCCAGGGAUAGCCUUAGCUAGCCUGAAAUUCAUCCGAUUGCUUCGAGUCGUUUUCUCCUCUCAACAACGUCUGAAUCGACCGGCUGUUAAUGCCGUCCAGUGACAUCACUCACUACCCGAAAACCGGGUAGUGAUUUUGAUUGGUUGAUUGUCUAAACAUUCGCAUAAUUAUGUAUAAUUAUGAAAAAUUUUAGCGGGAUUGUUGCUUGAUAUUCAGCGGAUGCUUCCUUUCGUUUAGUUCAAACAUUGCGAUAAGCUUAAGCAAAAUUGCCCUUGUCUUUGAAAGUGACAGGCUAAAUUGAACUGCGAAUGAAGAAUCAUUGCGGAGAGUCGGUAGGUUUUUCAUUUAGAGCCGCUUUGUGGUUUUGGCGGCCGGUGAUUUUGUUUACGCGAAGUUUUCUGAGAUUAAUGUUACAAUUUGACCUUCUUGCUAUUUUUACCGUCAAGUGCAAUGAUUCUGUUAGCUUUUCUUUCUUGUCUCCUUGUUUUCUUUCUUCGAUAAGGACCAAAUAGCUUCUUUUCAAUUAAAGCAAAUCAUUGUGUUUUUGAACUAAGUGUUCAGUGUGUGUGUUUAUUUCAGUCAUUGCGUGAUUGCGACCGAGUUUGAUUUACAGAAUUUAGUACAACUGGUUCAGAGUUGUACCGCAUGCAGUUGAUAGUUUGAGCGUUAAAUAUGAAUUACGAUCGAAAAAAUAAAAGCAGUUCUGUAUCAUGCAGACAUUUCCAAACGAUAUUUCUCGGUUUGCCACUUGAAAAUCGUGUUUUGCUUUUUGCAUGAAUUAAAGCAAAGGUCAAGGAGUAGUGACGUCACUGGACGGCAUUAACGGCCGGUCGAUUCAGAUGUUACUGAGGGAGUAAUAACGACUCGAAGUAAUCGGAUGAAAUUCAGGCUAAGCAUUAGCUAAUAGCUGGUUGCUGGCUAAUUUCACCGGCUGAAAAAGACCUUACCACUGCCUCAAAUUCCUCUUGAAAACUAGGACAUGAGGUGCAGUUGAGUGAAAAGUCGGCUUGACUAAUAACAAAACCUGCUUAUCUUUUCCUCAGCUACAUCCCUGUUAUCCCUAGAAACUCUGUAAAUCUACUGAACGCUGCUUUAUCUGGCAUCCAUAACUUUUCACAAUAGCUCAAAAUGUAAUAUGAAAUCCAACAUGGUGUUAAGAAAUGCUUAUUAACUUUUUACCUAAUUCUGACUUUUUGCUAAGACCAGGCACAAAAGGUAGUAAUUUAAUAGAACAUGUGACAAACUACAAGAUCUUAAGAGUUUUUAUAGCAUGAGAAAACAGGCAACAUUUGGUGACACCACCAACGGUUUCCCCGUGAAAUGACGUCUGAGGAACGAGCAUAGAAAUUCCUUACUGAUAACGCUUCACUACCCAGAUCUGGGUAGUGCUUCUGAUUGGUCAUGUCGCAUGGGAAAGCUGAUUCACCCAAUCAGAAACACUAUCCAGAUCUGGAUAGUGACACGUCAUCAGUAUGCAAUUUCUGUGCUCGUUUCUCAGAUGUCAUCUUGCAGGGAAACUGUUGGUGGCAUUGCGAAAUGUCAUCUGUUUUCUCAAGCUAGAGUUUUUACGGACAGUGACCUCAAGAUUAAGUGGAAUUGCCAUGUCAAAUGCAAAUGUUAUUCAUUUUUUAUAAACUAUUAUCUAUUAUUUUUAUUAAACUAUUGAGGGUGAUAAUGAUGACAAGGAUGAAAGUGCUGAUGGUGGUGUUGGUAGUGAUUUUAACUACAAAAAAUGUUGUGGAAAAAUUUUCAAUAUUUUCAUGAAAUAAUAUUUAAUACAGUGUUAGUAUUAUAUUUGUAUUUGUAUUUUAUUUAUUUGUCACACAGAUAAUAUUACAGGAACAAAAAAGACAAAAAUUGCGGAAAAAAUGACGAGGAGGCCUAAAGGAAACUAUUUAGCUUAAUAUGUUAUAUUAGGCCUCCUCAAUUUCAAUUUUUCAUUUUUUUUUGUUAUUUAAUAACAAAUAAUUUUACUCAAUUUUAAAAUGUUUUUUUUUUCUCUACAGCCAAAGAGAAAACAGCCAUCAAGAUUACUCUGCGUGAUGGUAAAGUUGUAGAUGGUCUGGCUUGGAAGACUACACCUUAUGAAAUUGCUGCCUCAAUAAGGUAUAGAUGUGAAUUUUUUCAACUAUAUGAUCAUUUCUCUCUGGAAGCCAUGAAGAAUGUAAAAUUAAUUAUUUAUAAUAUAUCACAACAUCAACUGAAAAUGAUUUUUACCGUGAUAUUUUUACUGUAAAUAUCUGGGAGUUAAUAUCUGGAAAUCUCUACUAAACUUUCCCAAUAUCUUACUAUUCCUUUUAUUAGCCAAGGUCUUGCUGAUAACACCGUAGUUUGUAAGGUUAGUGGUGAGUUUGUUUGUUAGGUUUGUGUUAUAAAACAAUUUCAUUGUAAUACUAACAAGAACUUAGAACUUAUUUAUGUCACAUUUACUAGUUAAGCUACUGUCUUUCCGAAAAUAUCUAGGAAGCUGAAUAAUCUGAUAAGUAAAUUGCUAUAAUGUAUGGUACUUUUCUGUCAUUUUUUAGGUCAAUGGUGAAGUAUUUGACUUGGACAGAGUGCUUGAAGGAGAUUGUUCCUUAGAAUUUCUGAAUUUUGAUGAUGAUGAAGGUAACUUAUUUUUGUUUUUGAAUGAUGCCAAUCUUUUUAUGGCCUAAAAAUAAUCAUCUCUGCUGCACCUUGUGUGAUUGGAGGUGCAUCAUUCCACAGAACGGAAUGUUACUUGUUUGAAUCCCAGCUGAACUACUGUACACUUAGAAUCAACAUCGUCAAUUGUCAGCACCUUUGUCUGCUGUUGUACAUGUAGGAGAUAAUUUUAUAAGUAGAGGUUUCAAUAGAAGUUGAAGUAGCCAGCAGGUUUGAAUAGAGUAACUAACUGUAUCAACCCGCAGGCCCCUUCCUCUAUAUCAAAAUCCUAAUGAUUUCCAGCGUUCUUGGUAUUAAAAUUAUUGAGUACAAAGGUAAAGGGAGAUUUCUCGUCAACAGCAGCAGUCGUUUUUAUUAUUUUUGCGAUACUGAUCAUCAGUGGGGGUGGAGCAGCAGGGGAGAGCCUAAAAGAUGGAUGUAGUACUGAUUACAGUUAUCGUUGGCAUUAAUUAAGCAUUUACGGUGUAUCUGUCGAAUAUUGCCAUAUUAUAUUGGGUAGCUUUAAUAACUUUUAUUAAUUUGAUUUUUAUCAGGGUUCCAAUUUAUAGCAGGUGUCAUUCUUUGUUUCAGCUAAAGCUGUAUUUUGGCAUUCAAGUGCUCAUAUUAUGGGUGAAGCUAUGGAGAGGCAUUAUGGAGGUCACCUGUGUUAUGGACCUCCAAUAGAAGAAGGCUACUACUAUGACAUGUUCUGUGAGGGAAGGUUUGUGUCCAUUAUUUGAUGUAUUAUUUUUCUGUAAUUAAGGUAUUGCAAGGCAAGAUCUCUUCAGUCGUUUCCUGUCUCACAGACUAAUGGUGCUUCAGUUACAUGUACAUAGAUUGUAUAAAAAAGACAGGAGCUGCAAUCUACCCAAAUUUUGAUUCAGUCAUACACGUACUACUGUACACGUACCAGCUGAUCAAUUCACGCAUUAACUUAUUUGAUAAAAGGAAUUGUAUGAAGUUAUGUAGUUUGGUUGUCAGGCUUCAACGGAUAUUCUGCUUUCAGCUUGAUAUCUUUCAUUCAAUUUCAACUCAUUGUUGGCUGAAGGAAAAAAAAGUUAAAAUAGGGAGGGUUAUUUAGUGUUGAGAGUAAAGAAAUAUAGAUUGUAUAUUAUCCCAGGUGUGUUAGCUUUAGACCAGGUUUUUUAUUUAUUGUUUAAGAGAAACAAACUUUUUGCAUUUGGAUCAUUGUUUCAAUUAUUUCUGGAGAAAGAUGUCGCUAAAAUUGCUGCUUUCUCUCUUGCCGCAUGGAACAGACAGGUGUCUUCUAAUGACUACCCAUCUCUGGACAGUCUGACAAAAUCCAUUGUAAAGGAAAAACAGCCAUUUGUCAGACUUGUGAUAACAAAGGAAGAACUUUUAGAGAUGUUUAAGGUAAUCAGACUGUCUAUGAGGGCCACAUUUGCUUCUGAUUUAGCCAUUUUUACCUCCCUUGCACUUUCAUGCAGUGUAAUAAUUAUUAUUGAGGAAGUGCAGUAGAUUAAUUUGUUUUCUCUACUUGAAUGUUCAAGUCCUGAAGUAGCAGCUCUGUGAUUUAUGUAGCGUCAUUAACCCUUUAAGUCUCAAAAUUGACCAACAUCUAUGUUCUCCUAACAGUAUUAGAACAUCAUCAUGAGAUAAGAUUGUGAGAAGUAAUAAAAUGAUCACCAAAGGGAAACUGCUUUAAGAUGGAAUCCGUCAGGAAAUUGAGUAAUUUUAAUUCUCAGUGGACCAAAACCUUCUACCAAAAUAAUUUAAAGAAUAUUGCAUUCUUUUAUACAUUUUCAUUGUCUAAAAUGACCCAUUAUUGACUUGGCGCGAUAAUGGGUUUUAUGAUGAGGCGGGGCAUUAUCUUAUCUUUCAGAGCGAGCUGCAGAGGUGGAUAGUCAAGAUAACGAUAGCUGGCUAGGCACCACACACAGAGCGGGCUAUAAAUUCGUGAGCUUCGCUAUCGCUCGCCCCUUUUUUCUGCCAACGCUGAUCGUGAGCUGUUUAGCUUUUCAAUAGUGAACUUAUUUCUUUCUCCGACCCUCCUCCAUCCCCUUGGCUCCUCCUCUGCUCUUGGUACUUUUUCACAUGGGCUAAUUUUCGCCCCAACUUAAUUCACUGAAUCAAAUAACUGUCAUGUUACACUAAGCGAUGAUUCUCGGUUAACGUGACACUUAAGCACUUGUAAUUGGUUUGUAAUAAACGCCACUUGAGUGGCCAAGUUAUUCCAAAUAUGUGUUUCCUUCAUUCAGUGAAUCCUGGCCGCACGCACGAAUGCAAUUAUAAAUAUUUCAGUCUGUUGUCUAUAUAGUUGGUAUAACUGAGACACUCUCGGCAUAAAAUGUAAUAAGUCUUCUGUAACAACACCAAAGAAAAAUUUUUCAUGGGAGUCUGAGAAAAUGAAUGUCAAAUUUCACAAGAAUUAAAAACACAGGUAUAUUACUGAAAAUUUCAUUUGUAAGAUGCAAUUUUGGGAGAUUGGAUAUUCAUUUUCUUGGGCUCCUGUAAGAAAUAUUCUUUUGUGUUAUUACAGAUGACUAAUCACAUCUUUAGCCCUUAAAAAAUGUAUAAAAGAAUGCAAUAAUGCUUUAAGAUAUUCUGGUAUAAGGUUUUUUCCUGGUGGAUUCCAUCUUAAUCUUUUAUCAAAUUGUCUGAAAACUCGUCAAGGAAAUGUAUUGAGAUCAGUUUAGAGAGUUUGUAUGUGGAAUUUGGGGCUUAAUUAAGGGAUAAUCAGCUCUGAAAUCAAAGAGGAAUCACCCUUUUUACUUCAUCAAUAUUUGCUUGUUAUUAUUAUAAGGUUAAAUAAUUUCUUGCUGGUGCUGUUGUUAUUUUAGUACAAUGAAUUCAAGUGCAGGAUUAUACGGGAAAAAAUAAAUACUCCAUCCACAACUGUGUACAGGUGGGUUUAUUUCAUAGGCUUUAGAACUUGCAGACGUUUUGACCUGAUCUCAGAUAUGUUAAUCUCUAUAUAUCAGGCUCUUUCAUCCAUGCACAUUGUUAUUAAUUUCCAUCCUAUUUGUACAAAAUUAUCUUGAAGUAGAACACCUCAAAAUACUUCAUUAACCUGAGAAAUAAGAGUAAUGUUCAGUGUUUUUUUUCUAAGAGGAUGGAGAAGACCAAUGUGGAUAAGAAAAGACCAAAAUUAAUCAAAACUUGUGUUUUAAAUGCAAGAAAAUGCAAUGCAAGUUUAAUCUUAAAUUUUUUCCCUUAACAAAUGUCCUGAUAUACAGUGUACCAUGUCUUUAGAAAGGGUUCAUAAAUCUGGCUGCAACUUUUCAGCCGUGCAACCGACAUCUUGCAACCAUAGCUGUAAUAAAUUAUAACAGUAAACAAGUGUCUUGAAUUGGAGAAAUUAAACUAAUUACAGUAACUUCUUGUUCUUGAAGGUGUGGUCCUCUGAUUGAUUUGUGCCGAGGACCUCAUGUGCGGCACACUGGCAAAAUAAAGGCUAUGCAAGUCACAAAGGUAUGUUUAUGAUAGUAAGUACCGUAAUAUAACUUUCAUUUUUCCAUAAGAAUUCUUACACAAGAGAGAAAAAAGACAAAUCUUGAUACUAGAGUAUUGUGUGAUGCUACUGUACUACAUUUAAAUCCCUUAGAAUGUCAAAAAUGGGUUUCCUUUUUUUGUAUUAUUAGAAUUCUGCUACAUACUGGGAAGGGAACUGUGAGGCGGAAUCUCUUCAGCGGUUGUAUGGAAUCUCAUUUCCAAAUGAAAAGCAGGUAAAUAACUUGUGAAUAUAUUUUCCCAAAAUUCUGGUAUUGACAGAUCAGAGAAAAUAAUAGGUCUCUUAACCACAGAGUAUUGGUUACAAGUGUGAUUACUGUGUUUGCAUCUACAAGCAAUAAUUAUCUUGAUGUGAAGUACCGGUAUAUGAAAUAAUUCAUAUUUGAACUGCGGUUGUAGAUGAAAGUGAAGAAUGAUCAUCGCAGUGAAUUUUCCAAUUUAAGCAAUUGGAAAGAAGAAGCCUGAAAAAAAAAAAAAAAAUCAGGCCUUCAACGGGAUUCGAACCCGUGACCUCCGCUUUGCCGGUGCGUUGCUCUACCAACUGAGCUAUGAAACCACACAUUGGGAGUGAGGUCAAUUUAUUGAGUUCAUAUCUCCCGUGAAGAGUGAAAUGAUGUGAAGUAUAUGAAAUAAUUCAUAUUUGAACUGCGGUUGUAGAUGAAAGUGAAUAAUUAUCUUAUCAACAUCAUAAGGGACCUUUAGAUUUUAAGACAAGGAAGACUACGAGUACAUGAUUUUCUCAAUACUACAGCUGUAUUUAGUGCUCAUGUGUGAGCCAGCGUCAUUUUUGCGGGAAAACAUGAUAGUGGUCAUCAUCAUCUGUGAGUUUUAACAAGAAUGUCGUUGUGAUGGAAACAAGUUAUCAAAGUAAUGUUUGAAGUUGUAUUAUUUUGCGAUUAGAAAAGGGCUGUACCUCCUGCAAUUACGAUAAUGGUGCUAACUUUUCUGGUGAAAAAAGUACAAUGAUGCUUUCCUGGGUGUCUAUAGUUUUACAGUAGGCAAAAAAAAUUAAAAUCAAAUCUUGUCCUCGAAUCUUAAGGUCCCUGUUCCGUCUACUCUGGAUGAAUUAAUAUAGUUUAACUAGCUAGAAGGGUGGUGGUUCCUCUAUCUCACGCUCUCAGGAAAAGUGUUCUUGCAGGCAAACAAAAUAAUAUUAUAUUAUUUGGCUCCAGAGCUCCCAGAUUAAAAUAGAUCCAGUUUGCCAAUCUUCAUCAUCAAUUCUGUCUUUUCCAUUAUAAUAAAAAAAAAUUCCUUGCAAAAAGAAAAUAAAGUAUAAUAAUUAAUAAUAAUACAUAGGUAAAUAAAUAACAAAUACCCUGCGAGCUGAGGCUACAUUUUUGCUGUGUGAGCUGUCAUGCAAAAAGUAGCCUCUGCCGACAACUGUUCAAAUCCGUCCAGAAGUCUGGACUAAUAAAUUAAAAAAACAGGUUUUUUUUCUGUUCUCGACCAGUUUAGAGCAUUGUGUGAGUCUUGCAUAGCAGAUCAGAGUAUUCGCAAUUUUUUUAUUCCCGCCAGGCUUGCACCAUUCGACGACAGACCUGACAAUUAACUGUGCUUGUGAAUCGCUUGACGAAUUUUGCGCAUGCACCAUAGAAAAUAAUAUUGAACUGUUGUCGGCAGAGGCUACUCAUUGCACAACAGCUCACUCAGCAAAAAUGUAGCCUCUGCUUGCAGGGUAAAUAACAAAUGUCUCUUUUUCCAAAUUAGAUGAAAGAAUGGAAGAAAUUUCAAGAAGAAGCUGCCAAAAGAGAUCACAGAAAACUAGGAAGGGUAUGUACAUUUUUGAAUUUGCAGACUUUUUAGAUUUAUAUUUUUUAUUUUCUUUAACAGCUCUACGCAUACAUACUUUCUUCAAAUUAAUAUGACCAGUUACGUUAUUAUAACACACCUGUGACAGUGUGUGCCAUUACUUUUCCUGACCAACUGUAGGACUUAUUCAACCUACAAUCAUUGGUAAAUUUUGAUCUUAUGUACAGUUUUCUUUCAACAGGAUCAUGAACUGUUCUUCUUCCAUGAGUUGAGUCCUGGAAGCUGUUUCUUUUUGCCCAAAGGGGCUCACAUUUACAAUACUCUGAUAAACUUUAUCAAGGUCUGUUAUUAUGCAUCUGCCCAUAUGCUUUGUUUUUAUGUUUGUAACAGAUGUCUGUAUAUUUUAGGUUUCAUAGAGUCAUAUAAAAUAGUUCUAACCAGUCUAAGUGACCCUUCUAGUGGAGAGAUGAGAUCAUUACACGUUUCUGGGAAACUACCCACUUACCCCUCCCCUAAGCCAACAUUUUGACCUAAGUGAGAUGUAGGUGUUAAUGUUGGUUUAGGGGAGGGGUAGGUGGGCAGUUUCCCAGAAACAUAUAAUGAUCCAGGGAUUUUGCCUUGGCAUAUGAUUUGGAUAUGUUAGUGGAGUUUUGUGUUAUCUCAAGUUAUAUAUAAUAUCAGAGUUUUUGCUAAAGUUAUUAUUUUUACUGGAAAUGAGCCUGAACACAAAGGCACAAACAUCUAGAGGGGACAUGACCUCUUUCUUGGAAAUGUUUUGUUAUGAAACAAAAAUCCCUGGAUUUUUUUUUUUUUUUGACCAGUGGUCUACAAAUACAGUGCAACCUCCCAGAAUGCCCUUUUUUGUUGUGGUAUAAACUGCAUACAACCCAUGUAGUUGUUCACUUAGGAGAGAUGGUUGUAAAUUGAGUUACAGCUUUAUUCUGAAGUUAUCCUAUGCUAAUGCUACUGCAUUUCUGUUAAUGUUGUUCCAGGAGGAGUACCGCAAGCGUGGAUUCCAGGAAGUUGUGUCACCCAACAUUUACAGCACCAAGCUAUGGGAGACCUCUGGACACUGGCAACAUUACUCAGUAAGACAUUAAUUACUAGACGCAUAUAAACUGUGUGAGCUUGGGCGUUCAUAUAAAAUUAUUCAAAUGAGAAAAUUUCUUCUAAGAAAGCACAAUCUUCAAAGGCCGCCAAGGUAUAUAGAAAUGCAAACAACAGUCUGUAUGCAUAAACAUCUGGUAACGAUGCUUGUAUGACAAUAACGUAUUAGAUUGCAGUAAUUGUAUAGCAGAGGUCAUAAAAACAUAAGAAGAUAAAAUCAGUGACAUCAAGAGAGAGGAUAUAGUUACACAAAAAGUAAUUGAAGUACUCAAUUCAUUUGCUGUUUCUUCUUGUGCAUGGCAACUAAGCUUAAAAUGGAGGCAUUCCUAGUAUCUUCGACAAGACUCUUGAGUUGAUCAGAAACACUCUGUCCAAAUUCUGUUGGUAGCUCACUACUUGGAGAGGGUUUCUCGUUAAGGUUCACUUAGAAGAGUUAGUCAGUCUGACGGAAUUGAACCGUUUGCUGGCCAUCUUUUACUGUAGAUCUAGAGAUGACCAGCGUGUGCAUUUAGUAUAACGUUUUCAGGUAUAACGAAUGACAGAAUUCAUUCUUCUGAUCACUUACUUUUUUUUUUUUGCUCACCAUCUGCUAUGUGCUCUGGUUUAGAGCAUUGACCUAGUUUACGAAAGUUUACGCAUACUCUUAUAUCUUGCGCAUGCGUUCAAGGCGCCAUAGAGGCCGAUUUGUGGUGGAAGAAAAAAAACCGUUCCCAUUUUUUAGCUUGGUCGUUCCCAUGGAAACGCCCGAGCAAUAAUAAUAAAAAAGAGUUUUAAGGGGCUAUGCCUCAAGGAUACUGCUGUUGUUUUAGGUCAAUUCUGUGCUGAAGUCCUUGCUUGACUUGCUUAGUGCCUUUUAACAAUAACAAUUAAACGAAUAUGAAAUCACUUAACAAGUAAUGUCUUCACUCCUGUUGCGAAUGUGUAUCUUAAACUACCCUGUAUGAACUUGUCCUGAAAACUCACAUGAACAUCAUUUUGCAUGAUGAUUUUUAUUUUGUGGAAGGUUGGUUUCCCUUUUUUUAUGAUCACUGUGAUCACAGAACAAGGUUCAGCUACUCACCUCAGUUCUGGCUGAAUUACUUAUGAUCAGUGCAAUUGUUUGGAUCACUAGAUUCCCCAGUUUUUCUUCAGCUAUCCAUAAUAGUUUUAGUUGUCAUACUGAAACUGGCCUCACAUGUGCAUGUGUCAACUUGUCUGUAUUUGGUGAUUUUUUUUCCUCUAUGUCCUGCGUCCCUGAUACAUAAAAAUCCCCAAGACGCAAAACAAAUCGGGGCGUGCGUCCUGUAGGACGCUAAGAUCGAAUGAUCGAUCUGAACAGGUGUUUUUCUAGAAAUAUUCUGUCCGUGUAAUAUUUAUUACUAUGGCAUUUAUUAUGGCUGUUGUUUAAUGAUGCAUAUUUCAUUUGGCCUUUGUUGUGCUUUAAAAGAGAUGGACUAUAUGUAAAUUUCAGUAUACUGAAAUACAGAGUUUUGCAGUCUGUCUUCAGAUUAACUGUCUGGUUACGUUAAGUCCCAAGCUUUUUCAAUUUAGAACUCGUUGUUUUUUGAACUGGGACUCAAUGGUUCUGGAGUGGAACUCACGAUUUGUUCACAAGAUGAGUCCCAUGACUCACCAUAACUAUUUGCAACAAAAUCACUCUGUAUUAUUUGUUUGUAGACUAAAAAUUUAUUAUUAUCACUAUGCAGUUGCAUGUACUGAUUCUUUGAUUAAUUUGCUAGGAAAACAUGUUCUCAUUUGAGGUGGAGAAGGAAAAAUAUGCCUUAAAACCCAUGAACUGUCCAGGGCAUUGGUAUGUUUUUGUAGAAUUUCAACAAUUUGUAAUGUAAUGUAGCGAGGUUCCGGUUAAAGCUGCAGAUACUUAAAACCCUAUAUCAAAUCUUGCUAUUGUAACAAACCAAUAAUGUUUAAAAAUACUUGCAAUGUCAAAAAACAACAGCAUUCGCCCGCUAAUCCCACCGGCUACGCAGCCUGUGAUGAUGCAAGUUUUUGGCUCUGCUCUAUUUCCAACUGUUCUUUAACUCUUCUUAAUUACUGACUUGGCUGUAUUCACGAGCGGGAAAGAUGACGCGAAUCCUGUAUUCAGAUUGGCUACCCGAGCGGGCAAGGGGAGAACAUCUUGCCCGUUCGGAAUUUCCCGCGUUGGUCCCGCAAAAGAAAUUUCUGUAAUAAAUGUAUACAUACAUGUAAUAAAUACAUUUUUUUAACUAUGUUUGUUCGUUGAAAAUGGCUGGAUAUUGGCCUCUUUUUUGUGUGUGUCUUUUCAUCAGCUUCAACUUCGUUUUGGUCUACAGUGUAUAAAAACGCAGCUUACGUGGCAUGCGUCCAAAGGAGAGGUGAAAGGAGGGUAAAAGGGAGAGGGGAUUGGGAAGAGAAGGAAAGGGACUCUCUCCGACUGUUACUCUCUCCAUUUUCUCCUUAGCGCUUUUCUCUACCCUCCCUGAUUUUGUUGUUGUUGUUGUUCCAGCGUUAUGUUUGAUCAUCGUCCUCGUUCAUGGCGUGAACUUCCCCUGAGGAUGGCAGACUUUGGGGUUCUUCAUCGCAAUGAGUUGUCUGGCACGCUGACUGGACUGACCCGUGUCAGGAGAUUCCAGCAAGAUGAUGCACAUAUCUUCUGCAGACCAGACCAGGUCUGUUAAGAAUGUUCCUCCUUUUCCAGGUUCCUUUUGCUGUUAGGGAGCUUUUAAAACAGCUAAUAAUAUCAGGGAGCUUAAGCAAAGACGUUUUUGAGCAACGCACGUCAACCGCAAGUGAGGUAUUUUUCAUUUAAAACACCUCGACGCUACAAAAUUUGUAUUACUAAGUUUCUUUACUGUUAUGGAGACGACUUGUUGGAAUAUUUGGGCAAAACCACCGCCCAUGAAUGGAAAAAGUCUACUUCCGGUUGAUGUACGUCGCUCAAACCCUUUUUGCUUAAGCUCACUAAAACAUGUCCCAUGACGGCAGCAAAAACGUCGCCGUCGCCGUCGUCACUGCUUCAGCUCGCUGUUGUUAUCUAGAAUCCGGUUGGUUUAGUGGUUGAAGCUUGACUUUGAAUCUGUAGGUCCAGACACAUGCUUUGUCAUCUCGCUGUCUUAGCUCCUCAUUCUUUCUAUUUUUCCACCCAGGCUGCUAGUAGUGCUAUCCACGGGGUAAAUCACUAUUAAUUACAACUGUGUCACCUACUGGAUAGAUGGUUUUUUAAAUACUCAAGUUGAGCAUUGUAACCUGAAAUUCAUGUAAACUACAAGACAAGCUUAAAGCAAGGGGCACACGUGUUGUGUGGAGCUUGCGCUUAAAGGAUUGCUUUGCACUCGCCUCGGCAGGGUUCGCCCGUUUGUAGACCCGACGGCUAUGGCAUGCCGAUUUGCCCUAAUAAGGGCGAAACAGCUGUCCAUGGCUGCUACUGCCCGGUAGAUAUGGCUGUGCGCAUGCGUGAGAUACUGGCCAGGCUGUGGAUGGGUGUAUGCGUGCUCCUUGCUUUAAGUUUGUCAUAUAAACUACAGCUUGUCUGACAGUCUUUGUGUACUCUGCAGAUUGGCGAGGAAAUUAAAGGCUGUCUGGAUUUCCUGAAGUUUGUGUAUAACAAGUUUGGCUUCACCUUCAAACUCUACCUAUCCACCAGACCUGACAAGUAUAUGGGAAAACUAGAACUGUGGAAUGAUGCAGAGAAGGUGAGUCUACCAAGGGCUUGAUAAGGUGCCGAUAUAUCGUUAGCAUAAUUAGAGAGCUUUACCGAGGGCUUGAUAAGGUGUCGAUACAACGUAAGCAUUAUUAGAGACCUUACGCUUCGAGGACGAUAGUUAAAUUUAAGUUUUUUUACGCGUAUUCUUAAAAGCACCGGAAAGCUUUUUUAAAUUUUAAUCACCAGAAAAGUUAGCACGGUGAUUUUUAUUGAUGGAGGUUAACCCCUCUCUUGAUCUCAAAAUGGCAAAACGUCUAACAUAUGACAACUUGGUUGUUACCAUUUACUUAGAUGGAUACUUUAAUACUGAUGAUAACAAAGAGAAAAUAAGAAAAUUAUCUACAUCUUAUAGACAUGGCUAAAAAUAAAACUUUUCUUCAAACGCUCGGUUUUACAUAGGGGGAGAGUGAAAUCACUUUUGCGUCUCAGUGCAUAUUUACAACUCUUCCUUUGGGGGAGGAGGCUAUGGAGACUGUGGGUGGGGUUACAGACGAUCUCGUCGAACAGAUCGAUUGAAAUCUUUUCUCUCCUCUCAUGAAGUUUCGGUAGGCCAACUGUUUCUAGUGCUACACUAUAUGACAGGUCAGGAUAGAUGAUUCUGAAAGCCCUUCUUUGGAUCCGUUCCAAAUCUUCACUGAUGUAGUUUGAUAGAGAACGAUGGAAUACAGGACUUGCGUAUUCCAGGACGGGCCUAAUACAUGUCACAUAGAAUUGCACCAGUUCACUUGGUGCCACUCCCGAUCUCUUGAGUUGACGUAAAAAGUAGAGACGAGAGGAACAUUUUCUAAUUAGUUCAGAGGUGUGCAUGUUCCACUUUAAAUCGUGGCUAAUGGUCACGCCUAGCAAUUUGGCACUGGUGACUAAUUCAAGGGGUUUGCCAUUUAGGACUAGGGGUUCAAAAUCGUGGUUGCUGUUGGAGAAUCCAAUUCGAAGUUCUUUGCACUUGGCCUCAUUCAGUUGGAACCCAUCGAGACUCGCUUGUCUCGAAAGGUCAUCCUCAGCUUCUUGGAGUUUGCUCUCACUACACUUUGUAACUAUUUCGGAACAAGAUGUAUCAUCCACGUAUUUCCACAUGUCAACUGGUGUGUCCAAGUCAUUAAUCAUGACAAGAAAUAACCAGGGGCCUAGUUUUGUUCCCUGGGGGACACCGGAUGGCACAGAGCGCCAUUCAGAGUGACAAUCCUGAGCAAGUUUAACUCUUUGUUUCCGGUCCAUCAAGAAGUCAACAAUCCAGCCUUUGACUUGACUCGGAAUAUCAUAUGUUGUUAGUUUUUGAACAAGAACACUGUGAUCUAUAAGGUCAAAGGCCUUACGGAAAUCAAGUAGGACUACUCUUGCCGUGGCGUCAUUUCCGUCGGUGUUAACAAGCCAAUUACAAUUACUUGGGCAAACUGGUCGGUUCACGGUAAGCAAAAUACAGGACUGGUGUAAAUUUCGUCCCGAAAUUGCUUUUAUUAGUCGUACAAGGUAGUUCUAUUUGCUGAGAAAAAGGCCCCGAAAUCCUGUGGCAUCAAAGAUGCCGUUGAAGAAAUGGAACGCGAGUUCCUGUUUGGAACAUUCCGUCCGGAAAAAUAGGCUAAAAACCGGAGUAGAAUGGCGACGGCUAUCGCGUUUUCCCACAGAAAUAGCGCCGGUUCACGUGCUUGCGUUACUUAGUAUUGAGAAAAUCUCGUCUUCGUAGUCGUACUCAGCGUCUUAGAAUCUAAAGGCGGUAAUUUCUAAAAAAGAUGCAUUAAAUAUAGGAGGGAAGGGGUUCUUAUCGUUUACACAAACCACACGGGUGGAAAUCUUGUACGUAAACAUAAGACUAUAAAAUUUGAGGUGGUGAAAGGCCGACCCGAUACAAAGUAUAUCUAAGUCAGCUAAACCGACUAAAAUGAGCUAGUGGAAAACUUACAUGGCCUCAAAUUACAGCCCAUGUUUUCUGAACCUUCCCAAACGGAAUGAGGCAAACCAUUUGAUUAUCUAACCGGAAUAUCCGGUUUUCCCAUGUAGAUGGUAAGUACCCAAGGACACUCGCAAGUUUUCUCUGCGUAUGUUUAUUCCUUGUAAUUUGGAAGGCGUUUGCGGUAUCCGAUAAAAUGACGCCAAUUAUUAGUACAGGCUGUAGCUCAGUUGUUUCGGUAGGGCUGGAGAAAAUGACAGACAAUUUCACACCUUUUGCGAAGAAGAAAUAGCCGAGCGUCUGCCUAAAACCAUAGAAAGAACGUUAAAAAUACAACUCAACGAAUGACAACUGCUAUUUGAAGAAUUAUCUUCUAUACGGCCUCGGCGCUUAACACUCUCCGAAAUCUGCCUAAUUCUUCAUGUCAUACGGAAGCUAAAUCCAAUAAUUGCAACUGCUUAUUGGUUCCUCCAUCAGCACUGUAUUAAAUCAUUAAGGUCUUUUUGUGUGAUGCAGUUUGUAGUUACUUAGUCCUUGAAAAGUUUUUUUGUGUGUUGAUAACAGUUUGAUUCUUUGUUUUCUCCAGGAACUUGAAAACUCAUUAAAUGAGUUUGGAAUGCCAUGGACUUUGAACCCUGGUGAUGGAGCCUUUUAUGGGCCGAAGGUAAUAAUUUCUGUGCCUUCCAAAGUCAAAAGCUACAUGGCUUCACAAAAUUUAAGCAUUAUGGAAUGCCUGACGGUGAAUGGAAUUCAGCUCCUACAGUAGCCUGCGUGGCAGGCGUUCGAAAUGGAAGGGGAAGGGAAUUAGGGCGCGAGACCACGCGACCACUGUUUCCCUCCCUCCUUCCUCGCGCGCCCCUCGCGUUUCUCUCGCGCCCAAAACUCCCUUUCUCAAAACUCCCUUUCCCUUCCCUUUCAAACGCCUGCCACGCAGGCUACUCCUACAGGAGAGCCGUCUGUUCGUGGCUCAGGCUUGUUUUGACCCCUUUAGGAGUCCAUAAUUCAUACCCGGGUCCAACACAUCUUGUCGGCAUUUGUUUGUUUGUUUUUCUCACAUAGAUAGAGCGAUUUUCGUAUUAGCCUGCGAAAACAUCCGUUUCUCCUCGCUCUUCGCAGCUGGGGACGUUUCGCGCGGAAGAACGUCUGAGACUCAGCGGCAAACAUUCCAUACUGAUGACGCAAAUCAAUGUUUACAUAAUAAACCCGGUAGUCAUGGUAUUUGUCCGGUUUACGUGCCUUCUGGUCGAUCUUGGUAAAGUGUUUUGUUCAUCUGCCAACAAGCUCCAGCAAAACUCAAAUACUUCUUCUAGAGAAGACUUUAUUCCACAAAUAUUGACUGUUUUGUUAGAGAUUCUUCGCGUUUACAUUUGACCUUUGUGGCCUUUUGUGGUCUUCUUGUCUGUCAUUCGUAAACAGUAGCUAAAACAAUGUAACUACUCCGUCAUCCAAUCAACGCUUCUGACCGGAUUCUGGACAGAUCUUACGUCAUCAGUAUGGAAUUUCUGUCGCUGAGUCGCAGACCUUCAUCCGCGCGAAACGUCCUCAGCGGCGAAGAGCGAGGAGAAACAGAUGUUUUCGCAGGCUAUUUUCGUAUGACCUUGACAUGAAAACGCGCAAACUAACCAGGAACAACAAACCAACGGAAAUAGAGCGAUUUGAUUGGUUUAUCAAACGGAAACAAACGCGCGUGGCUUUUGGUUGUUUAAGCGAACGCUCGGGUAAAAUAAACUUCAUGCAGUAGAACUUUCUAGAAUUCAAGCGAUACUUCGCUUUGACGUCAUAAUGCAACACGAUUGGCCAAUCGAACAAUGCCUUCUCCAUAUUAGGGUUUUCUUUGGUGGGAAAACGAAGAGGCCAUGUUUUGAUCUUUUCAUCCAUUGGCUGAUAAACAAAUAACGAACACUUACCGAAACCAUUUUUCAAGGUCGAAGCGAGCCGAGCAGUGGUCUGGGUAGGGAGAAAGGGCGGCUCCCCUCCCCUGACUACAUAGAUGUUUUUUCUCCCACGCCGAUUUUUUUUGUCGUUUUUCCCGUAAUGCGGAGCCUAGUUCCAGGCUAGGUUGUGAGUCCCCCGGUUUUAAAACCUGCUAAUGCCCCUUACGAAGAUGUAUGUGCAGUGGCAGUUUAUAGUAUUCUAAAUUAAAGUUACGCCAAGCAAGCAGGCCCAAUUAUCUACCACAGCUUAAUUUAAUUAUGGUCACUUAAUGUUUUCAUGUUUGUUUUUGUUUGCCUUUGUGCUGACAGAUUGAUAUUCAGAUACAGGAUGCCCUGCGCAGAUAUCACCAGUGUGCCACAAUCCAACUUGACUUCCAGCUUCCUGAAAGGUUCAAGCUAUCUUACGUCAGGUCAGAGCCCUUCUUGUUCUGUUUCAUUUUUAUAGGAAAAAGUUCUCUAACUUGUACGUCUUACUCUCGUCAGCUUGGUCACUCUUAAUAGUAACCACCAUCUAAUUUCUCCUUAUUGUAUUAUGGCUGACAAAUUACCGUUUUGAAUUUUGGCACCAAUCCCGCAAUUUAUUCCUUAUAACCUUUCGCCCCAUGCAUGAGAUCUGGAUUCUACGCCGUGGAUUCCACAUUUCAGGUAGUGGAUUAAAGUCUUUGUCAGUGCAACUUGAAUUCUGGAUUUCAAUCGUUAGUGGAAUCCGGUCUCCUCGAGCUGUAUUCCAGAUUCCAAAGCCCAGGAUUCCAGAUUUCACAGGCAGAAUUUUCCUGAAUUUCGGAAUCCGGGCUCCCUUACACUGGACGACACCUUGUUACUGUUUUUGUUUUCACUAUGAAAUAUUCAUCAGUUGUUCCAUCAAUCGAUCAAAUCAAUCAAAGUCUUCAUCUUAUUUCGAUUUGUUAGCCCUCAGAAACGCUAAUCUCUCCCAAGAAAAUAAGUUUAUUAAAAUUAUAAAAUUCAUUAAACUACAUAGAUAAAUACUAGAUGUAUUGUAUUUUUGUAUUUGGUGGCUUUGAAGAAUGGAAGUAGAUAUUUUAGUGAGUUCUGAAGGAAAAAGCACACUCUUCCCAGGUAUAGUUGACUGUUUUUAUUGUGAUACAGCGUGAUGACUUUGUCAUUUUUUUUUAUUUUAGUGGCGAAGGAGAUGAAAAGAAAAGGCCGGUCAUCAUCCACCGCGCUAUUCUGGGCUCAGUGGAAAGAAUGAUCGCCAUCUUGACUGAAAAUUUUGGUGGAAAAUGGUAAUGUAAUUUCUACAACACCCGUUUAUACUUGUAGCAGUGCGCAGUUGAAACAUUUAAGAGGACUGAUCAGUAAGCGGGAGGUUAGAUCGAGGGAAAGCUUGGCUAUAAGAUAGGGAUGGAAGCCUCUUCCUCACUAGUCUCCCUCGCAGCCGUUUUUGUCCCGUCACGCAACGCUACUCUCCCCCAACAACAAGGAGCGUUGCGUGACGUUCGGACAAAAACAACUGCCUGGGAGACCCCUUCACUUUUUCUGGGCUCAUUCCCUCGCUCCAUUCUUGCUCCUCACGUGACCAUUUUCCCACCAAUGAUAGCUCCAACUUCCGGUAUUUAAACCGCACACAACCCACAAUUCCCGGAUUCGCUCUGACGAAGGCGGCUAGCACUCGAGACUUAAUCUUCUCAAUCUCCAUACGGUGGCCAUUGUAAUUCAGCAACUCAGUUCAUAAAAACAAAUCAUUGUGUUUACCUCUGUCACCGACUCAACACCACUGUAAACUAAUCCCCUCCAGCGGGUCAAUUUUUUUCUCACAUAAACGCUCGAUAAAGUUGAACCGGCGGGGAGGUUGAUCCUUCUAUCCGGGAAAGGUUCUUUCCAGUAAAACGGGGCCUUAGUCAUGAUGCUAACACUCACUGUCUAACAAACAAUUCGCCACUUUAGUAACUUGAAGGGAACUGGUGCCGAAAUGCGUACCGCAAUAUGUUUCUAGGAUCGUUACCGGGGACGCGCUGGUCAGCUAUUAGGGAGUUUUAAGCAGCGACGUUUCUGAGCGACGCACGUCGACCGGAAAUGGACUUUUUGCACUCUUGGACCAUGAUUUUGAACAAAUGUUUGGGCAAAUCGUCUCUGUAAGAGUUAAGACACUAAGCGAUACAGAUUUGGUAGCGUCAAGGCAUUGAAAAAGAGAAAAAGGCUCACUUCCGGUCGACGUGCGUGGCUCAAAAACGUUGCUGCUUAAACUCCCUAUUGGCCAAUUUUCCCCUUUGUCCCUGGGAACAGUCCCAGAAGUCUUCGCGAAAGUCAACUCGUCCCACUUUUCCUCUCGCUUCUAAAGUGGAGAUUGCUACUAAAUAUUAUUUUGACUUUUGUCCCUUUGCAGGCCGUUCUGGCUGUCACCAACUCAAGCCAUUGUGAUCCCCGUGUCUCCUAAAUACGAAGAGUACGCGAACAAGGUAACUUUGUUAUAACAAAGUCAACAAUGUCCAACGUAAUAAAAGAAGUUAUUCCCAAUAUAUCUUGCGUUCGCAGCCUAAGUCUGCUUUUUCUUGGGUGUCUUCACGAUCCUUAUUUAUUUUCCUGUGUACUAACGAACUCAACGACUAAAGUUAGAGCAGCUGCCUUCCUGGAGCAGGGGUCGUGGCAAACAAAACUUGAGAGUGCAAAAAGUACUCAGACAGCUAGCCUGUGGGGAAGCUACACAUUUUGAGCGGCGAGCGACGCGAGAGAACAAGCUUCUCCUUUCAAGUGCAUGACUUCUCACGAUAUUCCCAAAUGGAGAGCUUGCUUGCAGGUUCGAAGACAGUCGCAGUCUAACUGAGUUAUCUUUCGAUGUUGCAGGUCAAGCAGACCGUUUGGGAUGGUGGGUUUUUGACUGAUAUUGAUCUUGAUCACGGUACAACACUCAACAAGAAAAUCAGGAACGCCCAGCUUGCACAGUACAACUUUAUUUUUGGUGAGAGAUCUUUUAUCUUAUUUGUUUAAUUAAAAUACGUUUCGACUGCGUGUUAGCUUUGGAGUGUCAGAGAAACUAAUGAUCACACAAGAGCUAAAAAAUCGUGAUGGCUGGACUCGCUGGUGCGGAGAGAAGACUAGCCAAAAGUCGAUUUAUUAGGUUAAAAUUCAGAUUGAAACAAUGGUAGAAAUAAACUCUCAGGUUUCAAUGAUUUCAUUUUUCGGAGCUUCAUAUUGGUUUCCAGUGCUUUGGUGUGAAAGCUGGCUGGGCUUUCAGCGUGUUAUUGCUCUACUACAUGCGACCAUUCCUCACAUGAAACUGUUCACGCGAGUUUCUAUGUUAACUAUAGUGACUGUCCUUGUUUAGACAGGUGCGGGAUAGCCUGUAGAGAGGCGUUAUUCAUUUAUUUGUUUGUUUGCUGGUUGGUUUUUUUAGGCAAACAGAAGCCGACUCGAGCGUGACACGCGUUACGGUGGGGUGCACCUCAAGUCGUGUAGGACUCGCCCUUCGGGCUCGCCUCGCUCCUGGAACGCAGAAAACAAAAUUACGCCCUUUUAACGGUUAAAAGCUCGACUUCAUGUGGCCCGUCUGAUUAUUAUGAUAAUUGGAGUCCCUCCGGUGAUACGUGCAAUUGAUUAGCGGUUGGUACAAUUUUUAGUGAAAAGUGGCGUGAAAUGGAGGCACCCUUUCGCUGUUUUUCCUGUUCAGUUUUCUUUGCGCCGCCCUCACUAGUUGAACGCCUGGAACAGGCUAUGAAAUUGCAAGCUUUUAAAAACGUUCAUUGUCUUAGCAAGGGACAACAGUGUUGCUACCAUCGUUUGAUUUUCUGAAAGUUUAUAUCGGGGGACAGGGGAGUUUAAUUUUCGGCCGGUAAUUUGUCUUUCAUUCUUUUUUCAGUGGUUGGCGAAAAAGAAGAAAAUUCCAACACUGUAAAUGUUCGCACUCGCGACAACAAAGUCCACGGAGAAAUUAGCAUCGAGAAUUUGCUGGAAAAAUUCGCCUAUCUAUCCAAGGAGCGAAUCAAGAACAGUGAGGAUGAAUUUUAACUUGAAAUUAAAGUAUUUUUCACGAAAUCAAGUAGUAAAAAACAUUAAAAAAAUAGACUGUUCUGCUGGAAGCGAAAGAAGUUAAAAAGACAGAGGUAUUAAUGUAACAGGCUCAUAUUCGCCGCUUUACAAACGAGAAAGUUACUGGAGCCAAAAUGUGUCUCGCAGUGGUCUCUGGGAUCGUUACUGCAUGGGGAAGCGCUGGUCAGCUAUUGGUCGAUUAUCUUUCCCCGUCCCAGAGAGCCUUAGAAGUCCUAGCGAAAGUUACCUAUACUCAGUUUUCGUGGUGAAUUAUCCAGUCACAAUAAAAGAGAAUUAUUGUACCUCUAACCUCUUAGGCUACGGAUGGAUUUUACUCGCGCGACGAUUCAAAUAAAACCUCUUUAUAGAAGU